AUGGCCACCUGUCGUUUAUCGAAACGAUGUUCGCAGGUUGAAAGAGAAGAGGAGCAUUACCGUCUGCACGUGAUCGACCCCAAAGUCGAUUCGCUGACGACACCGAACCACCUCAGUCAGACGCUGCCGGCGGAGUUUCGACGACGGAAUCGCACCCCUGAUUUUCCGUCCAGUCACAGCAAACAGUCAUUUCUGAAAUUGGACCCUUUGGAACGACCUCAGCGGCAGAAACUUAGGAGUGUCGAGGUGCGGCCGAUUACGCCUCGGGAUUAUCUGUCUGAGAGCCUGGAACGCCAUCGUGCCAUAUCCCAGUCGCCACUGAGAGACCGGCUGAAAGUUGCGGAAAAAAGCGUCAACGAAAGGUGGGAAAAACCUGCCAGACCUGAACGACCGGUAAGUGAUUCUAUGCAUCCUCCGUUAUCCAUGAGUGAUCGAUAG